AACCCAGAAAAUCCAGAAAAGCUUCAACUCAAUUUCAAUGGCGAGAGCAAGAAUCUUGAAUUCGAAUCCAAACCCAUCUCCAUUUUUACACCUACUUUCUCUCACACCAUUUUCAUCUCUUCUUUCAUCUCCCAAAAAAUCCCAGAAAUCCAAGAAAAUCCUCUUACCUUCAACCUCUUUCUCUCUUCUCUUCAUAUCAAUCUUCUCUUUAUUCGCUUUCUCUCUCAUCGUAAUCCUCAGUUCCACCAUUAACCUCUCUCAAACCUCCAACCUCUGUUCUGUUUGCUCCCCUGUAAACCCCCUAUCUUCGUCUUCGGUUUCGUCUCGUGUGCUUCUUGCUUCUCUAUUUACCGACUACAAUGAAGACAGUAAAAAGCCGAGACUGUCUGUAAGUGAAAUGGUCCCUCUUCCUGCACAUGGGGUUUUGUCGAGUGUCGAAGAGAAUCAGUUUUGGAAGCAGCCUGAUGGUGAAGGGUUUAAGCCUUGCUUGGAUUUCGGCCUCGGGUAUCGGAGAGAAUCGCCGGUAAUUGCUAGUGAGAAGAGGAAGUUUCUGGUGGUGGUUGCUUCUGGUGGUUUGAAUCAACAGAGGAAUCAGAUUGUUGAUGCUGUUGUUAUUGCUCGGAUUCUUAAAGCUGCUCUUGUUGUCCCUUUUUUGAAGGUCAAUUUGAUUUGGGGCGAUGAAAGUGAAUUUUCAGACAUUUUUGAUGUAGAACACUUCAAGAAUACAUUACAAGCAGAUGUGCGCGUUGUAUCUACACUUCCUUACAGACACUUGGUCACAAGGCAGUCGGUUGAGACCCAAAUACCCUUUGAUGUAUCCCCACUUUGGAUCCGUACUCGCUUUUCAAAACAGCUAAAUGACGAGGGCAUACUAGUUCUAAAAGGGUUGGAUUCUAAGCUCUCCAAGAAUCUGCCCUCGGAUCUACAAAAGUUGCGGUGCAAGGUUGCGUUCCAUGCCUUGCGCUUUGCAGCUCCAAUUAGGGAGCUAGGCAAUAGAUUAGCCAGACGAAUGUGGAUUGAAGGCCCUUACAUUGCCAUCCAUCUGAGGCUAGAGAAGGAUGUUUGGAUUAGAACUGGUUGCCAAACUGGACUUGGCGCUGAUUAUGAUGCACAGAUCAGUGAAGAGAGGAGCAUGAAGCCUGAGUACCUUACUGGAAGACUGAACAUGAGCUAUCCUCAACGUCGCCUUGCUGGCCUGUGCCCCCUAAGGGCCUAUGAAGUAGCCAGGCUUCUUAAGGGGCUAGGGGCGCCGAAAGAUGCAAGAGUGUAUGUAGCCGGAGGUAAGCCAUAUGGUGGUUCAGAGGCUCUAAAACCACUUGUUCAAGAGUUUCCAAAUGUGGUAACCAAAGAGAGUUUAGCUAGGGAGGGGGAGCUGUUACCAUUUGCCAACAGAUCAUCAGCUUUAGCAGCAAUAGACUACAUUGUAUCCCUUAGCAGCGAUGUCUUCUUGCCAUCCCAUGGGGGUAACAUGGGCCGAGCAAUGCAGGGUCACAGGGCCUACUCAGGCCACCGCAAAUACAUAAAGCCUAACAAAAGAAUGAUGCUUCCAUUCUUUGAGACCUAUGAGUCGAUGUCAGAUGCUGAAUUUGGGGCUAUCAUAAGGAAAUUGCAUGAGAAGUCUCAAGGGCAGCCAGAGUCUAGGACCGGAAAAAGGGACAGAGAUGUGAUCGCUUAUCCUGUUCCAGAAUGUAUGUGUAAACACCAUUCUGCUUCAUCCUAACCAGGAGAAACAAAGCAUGCAGUAGCUCAAAGCUGAACCUAGCAUAAUAGUGUAAUAUCCAGUUUUGAUAUAACUUUGUUUACUUCUAUAGUGUAGAAAAUGUAAAGGAUAAUAGCAUAUAGCAUAUAGCAUGAGCAUGAUGUAAAGAGCCAGAGAUACAUGCUUUGGACUGUGGUAUAGUUUGCUGAUGUUAUUUCUAUUGGGCUUUCUCAUAUCAAGCCCAAAAACCUGUACAUGUAUCAGCCAAAAACUUGUACAUAUACAAGUAUGUUUUUUUUUU